AUGGUAUUGGAGCAAUUUCUUGGUAUUGUCCAUGUUGCGGAUACUACAACUUUUUCUCUAAAAGAAGCCAUCAUUGCUUUGAUUAAUGAGCAUUCUUUGAGUUUGUCUAGUGUACACGGACAAGGAUAUGAUGGAGCUAGUAACAUGAAAGGUGAGAUUAAUUGCCUUAAAACUUUGAUAAUGAAUGAAACGCCAUCCGCAUAUUACAUUCAUUGCUUUGCUCACCAACUUCAAUUAACACUUGUUGUCAUUUCAAAGAAAAGUAAAGAUUGUGGUUGGAUUUUUGACACACUUGGAGACUUAUUAAAUGUUGUUGGAGUAUCUUGUAAGAGAAAGGAUAUGCUUAGAGAGAAACAAGCUGAAAUAGUUGUAAAAGCUUUAGAAGAUGGUGAAAUUGAAAGUGGGAAAGGAUUGAACCAAGAGCUUGGUUUGGGUCGUUCGGGUGAUACACGUUGGGGAUCACAUUAUAAAUUGAUUUUGAAUGUGAUUGCUUUGUAUCCGGUAAUCUGUGGGGUAGUUGAUUCGAUUGGAAAUGAUGCUCGAAGUGAUGAUGAUGCUCGAAAAGCUGAUCAUCUUUGCAAAAAAAAAGACCAAGAUAUUGUUAAUGCUAUGUCACUUGUGAGUUUGACUAAAGAAAGAUUACAAGACAUGAGGGAAAAUGGGUGGGAAUCUCUCAUUGAAACAACCACUUCAUUUUGUGACAAGAAUGGUAUCACAAUUAUUGACAUGGAUGAUGUGUUUGUUUCCCCGGGAACAAAGAAUCGUGGUGGUUUGGAUACUAAAAAUGACCAUCAUUUUCGAAUUGAAGUGUUUUUGGGAGUUAUCGAUCUUCAACUUCAAGAGAUCAACAACAAAUUCAAUGAGGCUAGUAUGGAGUUGCUUAAUUGUAUGAGUUCUUUUAGUCAGCUUAAUAAUUUAUCAUCUUUUGAUAAACAUAAAGUGCUUAAACUUGCUGAAUUUUAUCCCAAUGAGUUCUCAAAUGUUGAAUUACUAAGCCUUGAUGAUCAACUUGAUAUUUAUAUUGCGGAUAUGCGGAGGAAUAAUAGAUUUUGUGGAUUGAAAGAUUUGGGUGAACUCUCUAUGAAGCUAGUUGAGACCGAAAAGCACCAAGUGUACCAACGAUUCUAUUUGCUCAUAAAGUUAGUGUUGAUUCUUCCCGUAGCAACGACCAGUGUGGAAAGAGCAUUCUCUUCCAUGAAGAUUGUGAAGAAUCGUCUACGAAAUAGUAUGGGUGAUUAA